AUGGAAUCAAGUGAAGAAAAGAGCCAGAGCCAUCAAGUUCGAAAAUUCAGCAGUCCAGAGACCGCUAUCUCACCACCACGAUUUCAGAGCCAGAGCCAUCAAGUUCGAAAAUUCAGCAGUCCAGAGACCGCUAUUUCACCUCCACGAUUUCAGAGCCAGAGCCAUCAAGUUCGAAAAUUCAGCAGUCCAGAGACCGCUAUUUCACCACCACGAUUUCAGAGCCAGAGCCAUCAAGUUCGAAAAUUCAGCAGUCCAGAGACCGCUAUCUCACCACCACGAUUUCAUUGUAUUGUGAGCCGCAAGUAUAUCUCAGCCCUAGGAAUCACGACCAAGGGCU